AUGCGGGCCGGGAUGGCGCUGCCCACCCCGCGGUGCGGGCCCCUGGGCCCGCGGGGGCCCUUUCGGGACGUCUACGAGCCGGCCGAGGACACCUUCCUGCUGCUGGAUGCGCUGGAGCGGGACGCGGGCAGCCUGCGGGGGGCUCGUCAUCCAGAGUGUUCUCGCUUUAGAGUCAACAUCUGCCUUGAAAUAGGAUCUGGAUCUGGUGUGGUUUCAACAUUUCUGGCUUCUUCCAUCCUUGGACCCAGUGCACUGUACAUAUGCACAGAUAUCAAUCCCAUGGCAGCUUACUGUACCCAGGAGACAGCUCUCCUUAACAAUGUUCACCUGCAGCCUGUCAUCACUGACUUGGUCAAAGGAUUAUCCCCAAGAUUAAAUGGGAAGGUUGAUCUACUGCUGUUUAACCCACCAUAUGUGGUAACACCUUCUGAAGAGGUGAAAAGCUGUGGAAUAGAGGCAUCCUGGGCUGGGGGCAAACAGGGGAGAGAAGUAAUGGAUAGGGUUUUCCCAUUAGUACCAGACCUGCUCUCACCAGGAGGAUUAUUCUACUUGGUCACAAUUAAAGAAAAUAAUCCAGAUGAAAUUCUGGAAAUUAUGAAGAAAAGUGGCUUAAAAGGCACACAAGUACUUUCCAGGCAAGCAGGACAAGAGAUGCUGACAAUCCUCAGAUUUAGGAAAUCUUGAUAACGUCUCUUCACCUGACAGGUAGUAAGCAUGAAGAAAAUUGAACACAGAGCUGUCAGUUGGUAAACACCGAAGUGAAUGCAAUCUGCCCUCUGUUAAUGGCAGGAACUUACUCAUACAAGCAAAACAUCAAGAAAGAUAUGAACCCAAGACCUGAACUAGAGAACAUAUUAUCAGUGGGUUCAUUAUAUGAUCUAAUAUCCUUUGACAUAACCAAUGUCACACACCAGAGAGUCUCACUUCUACAAGCCAAGCACACAUAUCACUUUUAAUUUGUAGUCUUCAGUUGUCAUUGGUCAGGACCAGGAUCAUUGUACAUCAUCAGCACUCACAACAAACUGCAAGUUUACAAGCAGCAGUGUUAAGGUGUCCUGUUGGCUUAAAAAGUUCUUUCCUCUCCCAGGAUCAGCGUUCUCAGCACGGAUCACUUUGGCCUUGAUUAAGGAACAGUCUUCCACAUCCCUCUGACCUUCAGAGAAGAAGAAAGAGCCUGGUUAAAAUACACAGAUGCUCAGAGUUCACCACAAAAGCAUUGGAGGAAGUUCAGAUCAGUGCAUAGAUGGAUAUACAGUGGCACUUUAUACAAUGGAAAAUGUGAAGGCAGAGUUAGGAGUUGUUUCACUUGUUCUCACAUAGCUGUCAAAUAUUUUGCUGCUGUGCUACUCAGGGUACUGAGCUUCUCAUCUCUUCCAACAUAUGAAGAUGUUCCAGCAGCAGCUAAGGAGGAAUCUCUAAUUCUUCAAUCCCUUGUAAUGAGCACAACAGUUCUGCAGUUCAUUAAACACCUUCCAUGAACUUCAGAGAUGGCUUCUCAAGGAAUGAUGGAAAAUUUUAUUUUAGUAAUUGUAUGUAUUUAUAUUGCCAUUGGGAAUUUUUGAGGAAUGCAACUUUGCAAAUAGAAAUUGAAUUUUAGUAGUUUUCACUUUCCCCCCCCCAGUUUAAAGAAACACUAGUGUAGUUUUUCUGGUGUAUACUGGAGGGUUUUCUGAGGCUCUAAUAACUUUGUCUGUGGACACAAAGCUUAAAUAAGUUGGCUUCAAUUCCCAGCUUACUUUUGACCAAAAUAAAAACCAAACAAGCUUAGAAGGAAUAAGAUGGAAUUACAUUUAAAAAAAAAAAUUAUUUCCAUCAUGGUUCUGUAGAGACUGACAUGCAAAAAUUUUGUUUGUGUAAUGCUCCUAUAAACAUUAUUUUGAUAUUUGUGGUAAUUUGUGUGAUUUUAGCAGUGCUUUAUCACAGGAGGAUACUGGGCAUAGUAUAGUCCUCACAUCAGUCCAAAUUAGCAGAGCCUCUUCCUCAAAAACUGUGACCAUUCAAAGAUGAAAGUGGGCUGGGUAUUAGAUGUGGUUAAGCUAAAUAAUUGCAGAUACACUGUCAAAUGAAGGAUAAUUUGACUGCCUACUGGAUCUAGAGCUAGUAGGAUUUUCAGAUUUCAAGCUCAGGGUUGAAUGCUACCAAAAAAAUUCGCCAUGGUUCAAAAGUAGUUUGUCCUCAGGUGCUGGAGUUCUUAUCUAGUCAGUUACUGAAUAUUUCUCAGUUAUUAUCAUCCUCUUCAGUCAAAUUAGGAGGGUCUGCUAUAGUAAUAAAAUAAGACCCAUUAUUUCCAGGGUGCACUGAGCACUGCUUUGGUUUCUGUUCUCCACCUGUAAUGUUUAAUAGCUACAGACAGGUUUAAUUAUGAGGCCACAUCAUAUUGUAAACUUGACAAUUGCUCUGAGCCAACGUUACCUGAAGAAUCUACAGGAAUAUUCUUUUUUUAUCAACGUAACUGGAGAAAUCUUUAUUGUCCGGGCAUUGGAAAGAGAAGGUGAUCCUAAGGGUUUAAAAAACAUCUCCCCUUCUCUGGGUCCUGGCUCCCUUCAUAGACUAAUGAACAAAGCUGCAGAUUUUUUUGUUUCUUGAAAGAUGCUCCUGCAGGUGAGGAUUUGAUUUUACAAGAAGCAAGAUAGCAGAGAGCAGGGAUGCAAAGCAGGAUUUUAAACACUAAGAAGUUGAAAAUAUUCACUGUUCACACAACAGUCUGCACUGUAAGGGAUGAUUUUUUUCUGCUGCUUGUUCUCAGCAUCUUCAUAAGGACAAAUAAUUCAGAUUUUGUCUGUUCCUUUCUCAGCAUGUCUUUGGGAUUUUUUUUUUUUCAUAAGUAUUUUUAAGACAUUGAAGCACUUACCUGAACCUUCCCAAAAACUUUUGCCUGUGCAAAAUUUCUUCAUAAACUUAGAACUAAAUCGAAGGUAAACAGGAAUUUCAUAUAUAGCAAUUGUCACCUCUGCUUAUGAUGGAAAUGCUUACCAAAGCCUAAAUUACCAGGAUUUUUUCCCUAGAUUAAUAUUUUGGAGAAAAUAAUGGAACAACUUUCUGAAAUGUUGUGUUUGGAUUUCUUUUUUCUAUCAAAAAUGUUGUGUUUGAUUGGAGUGUAUGAUUAUCAGAAGAAUCCUACUGAUGUUUGUGAGGAACUGAAAAAGCCUGACAAGAAUUCCAAUCCAGUGUAAAUGGAAAAUAUUUAUGGAAGAAAACUCCUUGAGUGGAACUGCACACACAGCAGGGCUCCACUGGAGCGAAAACACUCCUACUACAAAUUGCAUUUUUUUGCACUGAAGACACCUGGUGGUUGCAUCCAUAGCCAGCUCUGAGAGAAAAGUUGGUUAUUCAGGGAAGCUUUUCUCUUGAUGAGACAUAAUUACCACCUUGAGCCAUUCUAUUUUUAUGAUAUUAUUAAGAUAUAAAUGAGAUCUUUUCGAUCUCCAAAUGGUAAUUGAGAUUUCUAAAUUUUGUUUUUUUAACUCAGUCCAUGGACUUGAGACACUGCAAGAGUAUAGUUUUGCUUUAAAUGCAUGUUUCAAGGGACAGUAAAUGCUAAAUAAAUAUAAAAUAAGUAUUUGUUAAAGUAAGGACUGAGAGUCCUAAUCCUAAACUGUAUAAUUAGGAAAGGGAGAUGGCAGAAAAAGAUGUCACCAGAUGAGCACUGAUUUGCACUGUCUGUAGUAACUCAUUAACUUAAUAAUUUAAAAACUCUCAUUCAGUGCAAUUGAAUUCAAAGAACUUAAUCUAUUUAAACACAACUAGCAUAGUUCUCGGUAUUAGAUAUGAUUAUUUUGGAGGAAAAAGCUCCAAAAACAUGGGAUGAAAUUCAGACCUGAGGACUGCUAUAAAUAGAAACUUUCUUUACCUGAUUCAGUCCCCUUUGUCACUGCUGUUGCUAUUUUACUGAAUGCAAGUGAAAAGAAAAUCCCAACCAUAA